GUAUAAUAAUAGUAAUAAUAAUUAUUAUUAUUAUUAUGUUUAUUAGGUUUAACUUCCAUUACAUUAUCUGCACACUUUUUUACUUCAAACAAAGAUGAGGAAAUGCUGUAAAUUCCAACAAGGAAUUAUUCCAGAAUUGCAUCGAUAUGCACAAUCAACUUUUCAUGAGGGCACACAUCGGCAAUCUCCAGGUGACUCAACACCUUGGCGAGAUAGUUCUUCUCCGAUUAACAGGCUUCGAGCAUGGUGGUUAGCACCUAUGGCUAAAGGUAGCAUUAUUGCUGCUUGGAGUAUUACACUUGCAUUUGGUACAUAUUGUUUCAGCAUACAAGAGGAUGCAAAAGGUACAUAUUUACUUAAUAAUGUACUUUUGCGCAGUUUGCAUGAUGAAAUUAAGCGAGCAGACGCAAAUCAACAAAGAGUAUCCGAGCUUGAAGAAACAAUGAAGCAAUAUCUUGAGGAAAACGAAGAAAAUGAAAAAUCAUCAAAACUAAAUAAAAUCAAGGCGUCUAAUGAGAAAGGGACUACAGGUUUGAUUAAUUAUGAACUUCAACUUUCAAGGGAAAAAUAUCGAGGCGAUCAGAUUCAUGCGCGUAAUCAGCAUUUGGUUGAGGAGAUUGCAAAAUUACGACAGGAGAUGUUGAAAUCAAAUGAAGAAACUAAUUUAUUGCUUCAAGAAAUUAGUAAGCUGAAGAAAUUUACUGAAAGACUAAGUCAAUAACUAUAAAGAUCUGAAUUGUUUUAACUUUUUAGCCUCAUUUAGUUGCUGCUUGAAUUUUUUUUGAGA